UACAUAAAUAGAGCAAUGAACCGUAAUUUGCCACAGGCCGAAGCAGAAGACAUGGCUAGAUUCAUCUUUGAAAAUCUACCCUUGCUUAUUUCCCUUGUCCUAUUCAUUCUUUUACACUCCUCACUUAAAGUUGCUACUGACUCCACUCAAGAAGCAAAUGCUCUUCUCAAAUGGGCGGCCACCCUUCACAACCUAAAAGAUUCUAACAUAUCUUCGUGGCCCCUCCUUCUUCAAAAUGCCACCAAUUCCAUUCCAAGAACAAGCCCAUGCAAUUGGGUUGGACUUUCUUGCAACAGAAAUGGAAGGAUUGAGAGACUCAACCUUACCAACGCAGAUUUAAAUGGUACGCUCCAUGAGUUUUCCUUCUCUUCUUUUUCCAAUCUUGCUUAUAUUGAUCUUAGCCUUAAUCUGCUUUCUGGUACCAUUCCACUUGGAAUCACUCAGCUUUCCAAACUCAUUUAUCUUGAUUUGUCAUAUAACCUCUUGUCUGGGACCAUCCCUCAAGAGAUUGGCUUCCUUACAAAUCUCGAUACCCUGCACCUUGCUGCAAAUAAGCUAAAUGGCUCAAUUCCUUCAACAAUAGGCCAGUUAGGUUCCCUCACUGAGCUUGCCCUGUAUACCAACAGUCUAGAUGGCCUUAUUCCUCCUUCUAUGGGUAAUUUGACCAAGAUGGUUCGGUUGUUUCUCUAUGAAAAUCAACUUUCUGGUUUGAUUCCACCAGAAAUAGGAAAACUUACUAAUUUGGUUGAAAUUUACAUGGAUAGCAACAGUCUAUCAGGACCCAUUCCUUCCUCCUUUGGGAACUUGACAAACCUAACUGUGUUGUUUUUGUUCCGCAAUCAACUUUCUAGUUCAAUUCCCCAAGAAAUUGGAAACUUGAAGUCUCUCAACUCCCUAAGCCUUUAUAGAAACAGUCUUUUUGGCCCAAUUCCGGCAACACUAGGUAAUUUGACAAGUCUCACCCUUCUUCAUCUCUAUGAAAAUAAGCUCUCUGGCCCCAUUCCUAAUGAGUUGGGAAACUUGAAGUCUAUGAUUGAUCUAGAGUUGAGUGAAAACCAACUUAAUGCUUCUAUUCCUACUUCCUUGAGUAAUUUGAAAGAGUUAAAAUAUUUGUAUCUCCGUGUUAACCAACUCUCCGGGCCAAUUCCUGAACAGAUAGCAAGUCUCCCAAACCUGUCUGUGCUUCAACUAGACAAAAACCAAUUGACUGGUCAUUUACCCCAAACCAUUUGCCAAAAUAAAAAGCUUCAGAACUUCACCGUAAACUACAAUCGUCUUGAUGGCCCAAUUCCUAAAAGCUUUAAAGAUUGCAAAAGCUUUGUUAGAGUUCGGCUGGAGCAAAACCAAUUCACGGGAAAUAUAUCCGAAGAUUUUGGCAUUUAUCCUCUGCUUCAAUUUAUUGAUCUAAGCUACAAUAAUUUCAGCGGGGAAAUAUCAUCUAACUGGGGAAAGUGUCCAAAUUUGACAACGCUGCUGAUGGCAGGCAACAAAGUUAGUGGUACUAUUCCACCUGAAAUUGGAAAUGCAGCUCAGCUACAAGCACUUGAUCUUUCUUCUAAUAAAUUAGCUGGGAGUAUUCCUAAGGAAUUUGGAAGGUUGACUUCUUUGUUGAAGGUUUUUUUAAAAGACAAUCAGCUUUCUGAAGGUAUACCUUCAGAAUUUGGGUCGUUAGGUGAUCUUGAGUAUCUUGACCUGUCAGCAAACAGAUUGAGCCGAUCAAUUCCUGAAAACAUUGGAAACUUAGUUAAACUCAUCUACUUGAAUUUGAGCAGCAAUGAGUUCAGCCAACAAAUUCCAAUUCAGUUGGGGAAGUUAACUCACUUGUCGAAUUUGGAUUUGAGCAGAAACUUUCUCAAAGGAGAGAUACCAUCACAAUUGAGCAGUUUAGAGAGCUUGGAGACGCUGAAUCUCUCCCACAAUAAUUUGUCUGGUUCUAUUCCAGAUAGUUUUGAAGAGAUGCAUGGUUUAGUGUUCGUCGAUAUAUCCUACAACGAAUUGGAAGGUCCCAUUCCUUCCAACAAAGCAUUUCAAAAUGCUUCCAUGGAAGCAUUUCAAGGGAACAAGAGAUUGUGUGGGGAUGUCCCAGGACUCACACCAUGCAAUUCUUGGACCAACAAACGUACUACCUCCAGUAGGAGCCAUAAAAUGUUGUUUCUAAUAAUUUUCCUCCCUAUUUGCGGAGCUUUUUCGCUUCUCAGUUUCUUGGGAGUUUUCUUCUUCUUUCGAAAAAGAAAUGAAGAUCCAAAAACAGAACAAAGUGAUCAAGGGGAUGAAGAAUCAUUUUCAAUUUCGAGUUCUGAUGGAAGAAUCAUGCAUGACGAAAUCAUAAAAUCCACCGAUAGUUUUAAUGUUGUAUAUUGCAUUGGGAAGGGAGGAUAUGGCAGCGUCUACAAAGCAAAUUUGCCAUCAGGAAGCACAGUAGCGGUGAAGAAGCUCCACCAUUAUCGUGACAGCGAGAGGACAUGUCAAAAGGAAUUCUUGAACGAGAUAAGGGCAUUAACUGAGAUAAGGCAUCGGAACAUAGUAAAACUUUAUGGCUUUUGUUCAUAUGCUCAACUCUCAUUUCUGGUCUAUGAGUACUUGGAUGGCGGUAACUUGGCCACAAUCUUGGGCAAUGACAAAGAAGCUAAAGAAUUGGAUUGGAGCAAGAGAGUAAAUAUUGUUAAAGCUGUUGCCAGUGCCUUGUUUUACAUGCACCACAAUUGCUCACCGCCAAUUGUUCAUCGAGACAUAACAAGCAAAAAUAUUUUGCUUGAUUCUGAAUAUGAGGCCCACUUAUCAGAUUUUGGGACUGCCAAGCGUCUAAAUACUGAUUCAUCCCAUUGGACUACACUAGCAGGCACAUACGGAUAUGUUGCACCAGAGCUUGCUUACACAAUGAAGGUGACUGAAAAAUGUGACGUGUAUAGUUUUGGAAUAGUAGCAUUAGAAGUAAUCAAAGGAAAACAUCCAGGUGAAAUCAUCAUCUCUAUGUCAUCCCCUUCAGCUCAGAAGCUAGUCCUGGAAGAUAUUCUAGACCAACGCCUUCCAACUCCUUCCCCUCAAGUUCAAGAUGAGCUAAUGAUAAUUAUGAAGGUUGCGAUUGCAUGUUUAAACAUCAAUCCACAAUCUCGACCAACUAUGCAUAUGAUUUCUCAGCUUUUAGCAGCUCAAACUCCACUUUUCUAGAUUCAUUAGGUUAAUAAUUCAGCGAUUGAGUGAUUACCUUAUAUAUAGUAGAUUCAGGGUUUAAAUUUAAGUAUCUCCUUCCUCCUUUAGGAAAUUAUCAAGAUAUUGAAAAAAAAAAAAAAAAGAGAACUAUAUCAAUAAUGAGCUGUGUAUAUGUAUAAAAUAUAUUAAAUAAAGAUCACACAUGAUCUUUCUA